UCUCAGAAUUAUACACUCACAACUUCAGAUACCCCUUGAAUACACUAUUUGGAGACUCAAUAGCCAAACUAAGGCACCAUGAAGAUAGCAGCAGUUUUUCUUUUAGUGGCUCUAAGCAGUUGCUUUGAUUCUUCAACUGCUCUUUUAAAUACUGACCUGGUGAGCUGCCUAAAAACACUACUGGUGAAAAACACCCCGGACCUUAUAAAAGAGCUCCAGAGAUUGUUAUGUCUUUACAAACAAGGAAAGGAUGAAAACAAUGAGGCCCUGUACAGACAAUUUCUAAAAGAACUUGAUACGUUACUGCAAACUGCAGGCUGUUCUCUUGAUCAAAUUUUGGGAACAAAAGAUGUUCUGGAAACUACUACUGAUAAAGUUGGCGAUGUUGCUAGUGAUGUUGCGCAGAAGCUCCUUGAAGCUGUGGAUUUUCUUCAAGUUCUUGGCACAGUUUUGAACACAGUAUGUGACUUGACGAAACAACCUCUGGGAAGUGUGUCAGAUAUAUUGGGAAUAAGCCUUCCCAGUCUAACUGGGUUGUUGGGCUUUUAACUCUCCAGAAUUCUCAAUGGUUACAAGUGGUAAACAUGGCUAUUCUGCUAAUGGGUCACCUGAUUUCUUUUCAUGUCUAGUGUAGCCAGCUACCUAAUGCUGCAUACUGCAUAAUAACUGCUUGUAAAAUGUAAUUGUCUUAAAAUGACAAAUAAACAGCAUCUGCAAAAAAAUG